GCUUGGAAAAGCUAAUGUAAGUGCAGUGGUUGCCUUUUACUGCUUAGAAUUGCGCCAACGAUUGCCGCGUCCCAUAUGAUAGCGCAGCAAGCCAUGUUAGAAACGUGCCAUUAGCAUCGGAAUGAUGAUGGGCGAAAGGUAGAAAUAAAAAUUAGAGAAAGAUGAAAGGCUGUUGCUUCGUUACAAGAAUCGGUACUCAUAUAGAGCUUUUGCUUUAAUAUGCAGAGUGAUUAAGGAAUACACGCACAUGGCAGCCAUUAUCAAAGAAUGGGGAAAGGCUGCUCUUCCUUAAACGAAUCUACUUCAGAGCUCGUUUUGUAGCAGACGAAACAUUUCGGGCAUAUAAAGAGGAUGAGUGUGAGCGUUGAUGACCGAUAUGAAUCAGUGGGACAGGUUCUCAACGUUUAUGUUGUUUGGUUUUUAUGGAAUUUCAGAACAAAACAUUGUUUCCUACUGUUAAUGAGUCGUAGAAUCCCAUCAGAAAUCAUUACACUGGAUGUAACGUUUCAUCAUCAAAAAGGAAAGACUACCAUUUGAUAAAUUUUCAAUUGUAACAUAUCAAAAUAAUGACAGACACACUUUGGUGGAACUAUGUUGUAAGAACAGGUUUCAUUUAUAUCAGAUUGCUUUCUUCUAUUCGCAAAACGUAUAUUGCCCCGUUCUGUCGGAAAGCUAUCUUCUAGUUCCACUCGAUGUAAUGAAUUGGAAUAUUGUUUAUACAAUAUCAAGUCUCGCACGUGCUCAUCCUGGAUACUCUCACUCAUACCUCGUGAGUCGAACAAAUUUACGACCAAACGGACAAAAUGAAUAAAAACAUUGUUACAAUAUAGUUGAAGAACACUGCAAACAAAAAGCAUACCAAGAAGAGGAGAUACCAAUGAAUACUGUAUCCCGUUUAUUGCGCAUGAUGACAUACAAGGUUUUAUUAUAGAAUUUCAAAAGCUUUUCUUCAAAAAAGGGGAAAACCCACCAUUCUCGGUGAGUUUGCGCUCAAACCUGGGUGGUGAGUUUGAGGGAUAAGGCGACGAAAGGAUCGUUCUAUCUUUUUCAGACCCAUGCGCCCACUUAUUGCGAACAUUUCCACAACAAACCUUCGGAAAACUUACUUUCCUUCUCAAAAAGGAAUGUAGAUAGCAAAUAGCGGCAGGAAAUGCUGAUUCGAUUUGCUAUAUUCAGGGACGUGAUAGUAGAAAUUUCCUGACGGCGACGGAUCAUUACACGUUGAAUAGUUUCCUACAGAAUUCAUUGUCUCAAAUAUAAAACUAAACACAUUGAAGAGUCGUGUGAAUCGUCUUCAAUUAAUACUGAUCGGAAGAAGGGAUUUUAAAACAACUCCUAAACAGAGAGUAACUUAUAAGGAAAUAUGACAAAUAUUAGCGAAUACGUCAUCAAUGGGACGGGCAGUCGUUGGACGGUAGGAACUAUUAUUUUAGUCCAAUUAAUAACAUUCAAUGAAACUGGAGGACCAGCUGCAAUGAUUGGUUUCGGAUUGGCUGCUUUCUACGCAGUGCUUGCUAGUUUAUGUAAAUCGGGAACCAAAGCAGUGCAGAUCUCUUACAUCCGCACAACCCAUCGCGUGGAUUUUUUUUGUUUAUUCCUUGCGAAAUGGAUGGACAUAUUGGCAUUGUUUUCAGCUUGUGCCAUUGUCGUGCGAACACUAAGCUCUUCCUUGGAUGCUAUGACUGGCGGCGUGGCACGGAUGUACAUAUUAGGGCGCAACUCAGCUGCCAAUGAACCAUGGCCUGAUGUGAUUGGAGUAGUUGUUAUCUUCAUACUAACUGGAAUGUUUAUGCUUGGAUUAGAAAACUCACGCAUUUUUGCAGUUCUCAUGACAACAGCAGUACUGUCCACAACUGUAGUUAUCGUCAUCGUUACGGGAUUCAAGGGAGAUUUUACUCAAUUCAGUUCACAGCUUAUAUUGCCAAACGGACUUGUUGGGUUACUAUCCGGAUCUGCUAUAGCUACGUUUUCGUUCUCAAACGAUUCGUUAAAUGGAAACUUUGUUCAACGUUCUUUCGGAUUGGUAACCAUAAUAUUAGUUCUACUAUCAAGUGAACUUAUUUGCGGAUGUUUCACUACACUAACCAAUUUUAGUAGUGUCAACCACGCAUAUGAAGCUGUGCCGCUGCUUUACAUCUUAGAAGUGAAAGAUUUCCACAAGCUCAUUCCAGCUGUUGCCUGUCUGCUGGUGCUAAUUUGUUCUAGUGCCCUUCUUGAACUGUUUCCAGAAAUGUACACCCAAAUUGCUCAAUUGACAAAAUCUGAGUGGCGAAUUUUGGCAAAACAAAUUGGUUAUGAAAGCAGAGACAGUGGAAAUCCUACGUUAACCAUUUUUACAGGAGGAAGUUUAUGUGCAAUGCUGGCCUUCGCUUGUCCUUUGGAAAAUCUUACUUACAUAUUAGCAGCUAGUCACAUCUUUGCUACGUUGUUGCGAUCGUUCCACUUUCUUUACCAUCCACUUCGUCCUCAUUACUUAGAGCAACAAAAUGAUUCUUCCAGUCUGGUUUAUAGUCGCCUUAGCAACGGAACAAAUUAUAAAUCCAGAAAUUGCACUGGAUCGCUAAGAAAACAUAUUUGGUGCCUUCGAAAAUACACCAACGUCUGUUCUAGUUCCUCCAGUGCCGUGGCGCAUCGCAUAUUUACUGCAAAUCGUGAGCCGUCACCAUCUCGACCUCUAAAUAACGAGGAAAACGAACGCGAAUGGUUACUGCUAGGGGAACCUUCGUCGCCAAAGGAUCCUCAUAGCAAAGCGCCGUGCAUUGUCGAAUCUUCCGUUUUGUCAGAUCAAAUCUCCGACAUCGAAUGCAUCACUUUAGCGAAACCCGAGAACAUGGAUACCGAAGACAGCUCAACUGAUAUUGACGCUAUCGUGGAUGAAUAUAAACAAAAAGUUAAAAUAUCAACCGCUGGACCUUUAGAUAGAAAAUCAGCACGCGUUCCAACGGCCAACAGUUGGUAUUUGGCAAUAAUUUUCAUUGUCAUGAUUGUCCUGGGAUGUGUAAUAACAGCGGCAGGGCUUAUGCUUUUGGAAAAAAUAGUUAUUAUUGUUGGAUUAAAUGUCUCUUUAAUUUCAGGGAUCGUUCUUUGGCUCUUUCCCAGAUAUAGUCAAGCUAAUACAGCGCGACCAAGCUUGAUCACCUGCAUCGUAACAUUACUCGCAUCAUGUAUACUGUUCGCUUCUUCUGUAACAUUAUCGUGGCCCGCGUUGUUGCUUUGGUUUUUAGUGGGAUUUUUGUUAUUCAUUCGCUGUGAUACAUGGUGCUGUUUAUGCUUGGAAACCCCAAACAUAAGGCUUCAUGGUGGGGUAGGUGGACUAUCCGCGAUGUCAACAACCACGAUUCUUACAUCUCGUCCAUCACAAGGAUCGUUCGGGCAUUCGCAAUUAGUUUGCCAAAGUUGACAAUUAAAUUCAACAGAUAGUGAGCUUUUUGAAGACGAAGAAACGGUAGAAGAUUUCACUGACUGAGUAUCGCUAAAUGCAAUUGUUAAAGUAUACUUAGUGACUACUAAUCACACCGUUAGGCACUAGUGCUUGUGUGAGAGCGUCAAUAUAACAGUUUCCAUCCAUUUAGGCUGUAAAAUCAAUUAUUUAUUAUCGUAGCAAAAGCAAUUAACCCAUUAAAGUUUAAUUCAUGCAGAGAAUGCCGCGAUAUAAUACAGAGCAGUCCUUUGCAGCAUAACUAACAUACAAAUUGAAAUUACGAUAAUUAGAAUUAAUAUUUUUUUUUUAUUCAUGGAUUGGCUUUUGAAGAUCCGGGAUAGGAAUCAGUAGACUGAUCGAUCUCUACGAUUAGUUUCAAUACAUAAAGUUAUUCAAAAUGCGAUGAAAAUGUAAUGAAAGUUUCUUAAAAAGAAACAUUGAGUACAUUUUAAGCCUUAAAUAUGCGGCCUUGGAUGUAUGUAAAUCAAUUACACAGAACAUUGUUUUGGUUAAUUGAUUCCUAUUGUUAAAAACAUGCUAUUUAUUGAAGCAAAGAUUCUGCACUCAACUUAAUGUUGUUUAUUAUCUCUAAGUGCUAAAAAUAUAUUUCUUUCUUAAUAGAACCCGAAAACAUUGUCUGAUUUAGCGAAAACAUUCAAACUGUACAAACCACGGUCCGGGUCUGCAUUCUAUCACAUUCACAUGGAAUGUCUAAAAUAUUGCCGAAAUUCAUAUUUUUAAUUUUUUGUGUGACAUAUAUUUUAGUGACGUACUCAAAAUACUAACAGAUAUACUUUAAAAGCUGCUGUUUAUUAUGGCAUUUGCAAAAACAGGUAUAGGUAGAUAUUUUUUUACAAACAAAUCGUCAAACCGAUUUUGGUUCGAUUCAAAAGACUUGCCCGUUUAAGCGACGAACCCGGUCGAUCACACUAUGAUCAAUUUUUUAACUUCAAAAAUCUGCUAAAAAUCAAA